AUGAGUGGAAGAACUAAGGAUGGGCCAGGUAAAUCUUUUACUAGAGUGUAUAUGCUUGGAAAGGUUGAAGUGUGCCGUCGUGAUACUUAUAACAACACCUACCAAAUAUCCACAAAGCGGGUUAACACUGCAUUAGAAAAAAAAAAACGUAGCACCAAAAUACAAGUCGAGCGAGGAAAAUCUGGAGGGAAGAAGGAAAUUGAUAUAGAAUCAAUAAAUAAAAUUAUCGAUCACAUAGCCAAAUUUCUUACCUAUGUGUCUCACUACUAUCGUUCAGAAACGGAAGCGAAAUUUUCACCUCACCUCACAGAAAGAAAAAUCAGUGACGGCAUUGAUGUCGACAUUGACGGCAUUGAUGUCGGCAUUGACGGCAUUGAUGUCGGCAUUGACGGCAUUGAUGACGGCAUUGACGGCAUUGAUGGCAUUGAUGACGGCAUUGACGGCAUUGAUGACGGCAUUGAAGGCAUUGAUGACGGCAUUUUCGACGGCAUUGUUCUGAGAAUAAUGGCAAGUCAAGUGGUGGAAGAAACAGUAGAAAUAAUGGAGUCUCCGAGGGAAUCCCCGAUUAUCGAUCCUGUCGAGGAGCCGGUAGAAGAAUUUGAGGCUAUCUUGGCGAAAAUCCAGAUUCCUAAAAAUAUAAAAAGUCUGUUAUCUUACUGUGGAUGGAACAGUGUCUCAACAUUUCAAAAUAUAUCAGAAUCUGAUAUCGACGAAAUGGAAAGAUUCGCCAGGGAUGAUUUAUCACAGCUUUUAGAAGGUACCGAAUUAAAAGAGUUUUUUGGAGUUUUUGCAAGAAAGCCCUCCUUGUUCAAACUUCAUGGAGGACAUAGGCAAUUACUUCGCAACAUAAAAGAAAUGUGUAAAGCUACUUCCCAAAUAAAAUGUUCUAAAUGCCUCAGUAAAUGCAAAUGCAUGUGCAAGGAUCUUGGCAAGCAUACAGCAGGUAAAAAGAGGGUGAAAAAUGCUGAAAAAACCCGUGAAAAAAGAAAAAAGGAUAUCGAACAAUGUACAGAAGAACCAAGUAACGUAGAGCAAGACAAAAACAACAAAAAGGGACACAAUUUUUCUGAAGCAGAAUCAGAAGAACCUUCGGGAGAACCCCAGGUAGAACCUUUAAGUCAUCUAAAGCUAGUUAUAGGCAAUUACAUAAAAUCUUUCUGUAACAAAAUAUUGAAGGACAAUGACGAAGCUAUAAAUAUUAAAAGCAAGAUAGGUAAUAUUCAACUAUCUUCAGAUAUUCCAACGUCUGCGAAAGUUAAAUGCCUGCUGUGCGAUGCGAGUAUAAAAGUAUCCCGUGUGGCUCAUUUCAAAGAAAAAAAUCAAACCGACAAUGAAACAGAAAAUCAAACAGCCAAGCCUCGAAGCAAACUAAAAAAUUCUACCAUGUUGGACUACUUCCAUGACUACCGAGAAAACGAGGGAAAGGAAAACAACUCUCAAACGAGGUCUCAAAGCAACCUCUCAGAAGGCAGUUCCUUUGACGCCUUGUUCGAUUCCAACUUGGACAACGACGUAGCAUGCACCCAAACAUCGGAAGCAAGCAAUUUAAUAGGUGGAGAAUAUCUGGAGGCAAAUAAUGAGCUGGUCUCGGAGCAGCUUGCUCACAACGAUAUUUCUGUAAUGCAAACUCUCGUACAACCUGGAAUAUUGCCCUUAGCAUUACCCGAGGCAUUACCUGAUUUGGAGAAUAACGGGAAUCUGUUUUUUUCACAAGGCAGAACUUCCAGUGAGGCAGGAAGUGCUGCUUUAGAAAAGAGUUCAGAAAAUGAGCUCGAGAAGCCUCAAAAACCUACCAAGGAUGCAAAGUGUAAAUGGAAAGACGAAAAAUAUUCGCGAACUCAGAGAAAUUUAAGAAAGCUAGAGUUGGAGGUUGACCAUCAAUUAAAAAUAACAUCAUUUUUUGAACUCAAAGACCGUAUUGUGGAAGUUUUGGGAAGUAAUGAAAACAUCGAGAGGAACAUACUGAAGUCGUGUGCUGAUCAUUAUGAAUUCGCAGAACUGAAUAUGAAUAACUUUCUGAAUCUUCUGAUAAAGCAUGCAAAGCAAAAUAGUUCUUCUACUGCUAAAAACAACAGAUUUACCGAUGACCUCAAAAAAUUCUGUCUAUACUUGUUUAUCAUUGGAGGCAAACUGAACUAUGAAACUUUACAAAAAAAUCUACAAAAUAUAUUACCAUCAUUGUCAUCAGUGCGCCGAUCAUUGAAUGAGAACCUCUCAGUAAUAGAAGGUGUUGUCAGCAUGUGUGAACUUAAAAACUAUUUAGUAAAAAGAAAACUUCCUCUAAGCGUUUUCAUAAGUGAAGAUCAAACGGCAAUACUGAAAAAGAUCCAGUAUGACCCGAAGUCCAACAAGUUAGUGGGCGUUUUAUUGCCUAAAGAUAAUACAGGUUUUCCAGUAUCUAAUAAACAGAUUAUCAUAAACAACGCAUACGUAUUUAUGGCUCAGCCCUUGAAAGAUAAAGUCCCAGCGUUUUGUUUGUGCAUUUUCGGAAGCAACAAUAAAUUUAGUUAUGAAGAUGUUAUCAACAGAUGGACGUUUGUAGUUACUGAAGCCCAUAAGUAUGGAAUUGAAAUAUACGGUUUUUCGUCAGAUGGGGAUACUAGGUGUUUGAAAGCAAUGAAGGAACUUUGGAAUUUUCCAGACAAAAGUCAGAAAAAUUGGUUAUCGCCAUAUUUCCAGAUGGAGUUUAACCUAAAAUCCCCCGUAGUUAUUCAAGACACUGUACAUAUUUUGACAAAGAUGAAAACAAGACUUCUAAAUACCAAUAUAACGUUGACCAUGGGAAAGCAUAAAAUAUCUUCCAAAAUUCUUGCUGAGAUGAUUGAAAAAUUUUCCAAAGAUAUACACUGUUUAUGCCAGUCUGACUUAGAUAGUGCAGAUAAGAUGAACUUUGAAGCUGCCAAAAAGUUAUGUUCUGAAGCUGUGAUAAAUACAUUGCAAAAGUUGCCUGAAAGUGAGGGAACUGUUCAGUAUUUAAAAUUAAUGCAAAAAAUUGACAAAGCCUUCUUGGACAAAUCGUUGAAAUGCAGCGAAAGAUUAUUUAAUAUGUGGUAUACAAUUUUUUUUUUGCGAGCAUGGCGGCAUUGGCUUUAUAAUGAGAAACUGUCUGAAAAAUCCUUUAUUACGUCAAACACCUAUACGGGGAUAGAGUUGAAUGGACAUGGAUUAGUUAUUUUGAUCGAGAAGAUAAGGGACACUCCAGACCAAUUUCUUCCAUGGAUUUUUUCAAGUCAACCUUGUGAAAAAAUUUUCAGGCAGACGCGAUCCAUGACGUCUACGUACUCUACAAUAGUUAAUUUUUCAAUGUUAGAUAUUCUUCGCCGACUCUCUAGAAUUCAAACCCUCAAUGAAGUUGUUAGUGAUUUAGGGGAUUCUUUCAGUUUUCCAAGGGAGAAUAAUGCAAGACUUGGAGGCGUUGAAGAUAAAAAAAAUUAUGACUUACUCGAGUUGGCAGAAAUUGAAAAAAUUAUUAUUGAUGCCAAAGAAAAUGCUAGGGUAGAUGCUAAUCAUCUUGGGAUUGUAGUAACUGAUGAACACUUUAGUAUCGUUCAUUUGAGAGAAAAUUCUGUUCGAGCAAAUGAGGAGACAGCUGGAAAUGCAGAGGAAAUUAUCGAGGAAAUUAUUGAUUCAGAUUUGGAAAUAGAAACUAGCAGUCAAGCACUAGAGGAGGAAUAUAUGUCUGAAUAUGACUUAAAUGAACUAGAAGAAGACCUUAAUACUCUUCAAGACAUGGAGAAUUUAAAUUUAAGAGAUUACAGUGGUCAAAAUAAGUCAUGUGAUAAAAGUAGCUCAUACAUAAUGGUAACGUUAAAAAAUGGAAAACAAAUGACAGUAAAAAAAUCCAGCAUCUGUUGGUUUUUCUCAGAAAAACAGGGAAGAUUGUCGACAGAUCGACUACUUAGAGUUAAAGGCAUGUCCUCGGCCACGUCGCAACCUACAACUCGACCUAAAAGAAAGAAGAAAAUUCACCAUAAAACAGCAGCAAAAAGAAAAAGAACCAAAGUCACUAAAUCAAAAUCGAGAUUAAAAUUGAACGAAGCUGAAACUGAAACAGACACUGAAACAGAAUAUAUAUCUGAUAAAUCGGAAAGCAGUGGCGGAGAAUUUAUGGUAGAUUUAGCUACUGAGGCACCUAGCGACACACCUACUACGGAAAUCGAAACCGAAAUAUUAAUAGAAACUGAAAAAUACUACAGUGUUUAUUAUGAUGAUCAGUGGUACCUUGGCAGAAUUUUGAACAUAAAUGGCAGUGAAUGUAAUGUUAAGUUUUUGAUAAAACAAUUAGAUGCUUUCGUUUGGCCUAAGCAAGAAGACAUUCAGCUAGUUGACAAACAAUUCAUUUUUUAUGGUCCGAUCGAUUUAGUAGGCAGUAGCCCAUUCCAAUUGAAGAGGGUUGAUUUAAAUAAAAUAAAUAAAUUGUAUAAAGAUUUGAAAAGAAUGUAA